CUUCCUGCGGGCUCCGCUAUUUUUGGGGCCAUUUAAAAAGUUUUGAGCGCUCAUUUGGGCAAUAACAUCCCUUUUUAAAGUGAGACGUUUCAUUACAUUUUACUGUCUGAUAUGUCAUCACUGCCAAGAAGAGCAAAAGUAAAGGUCCAGACUGCAGUAUCUAAAGACGAGUUUUCUUUCUUCUCUGAGUUAUCAUCUGCCUCUGAAGAAGAUGACAAGGAAGAUAGUGCCUGGGAGCCCCAAAAGAAAGUCCCCAGAAGCCGUAAGCAACCUGUUCUCAAGGAAUCCAAACCCAAGAGGGUGCCACGGGUGAAGAAGAACGUGCUACAGAUCACUGAUGGCUCAGAAGGCAUGGCUGUUAAGGAGGAGCUGAAUAGCUCUGUGGCUAUUGCUGAUGUUGAUUUGGAAGACAGAAAAAAUAAAUUGGAUACUGUGCAGACUCUGAAAACAGCAAAGACAAAACGGAAGAAUUCAGCUCAGUCACCUUCAGCUCAGAGGACCAAAAAGCUGAAAGUCGAUGAAGAAACCAACAAAGCCAGCAACUCAGAGAGUGGGAGUAACAGCACAGAGACACCGUCUACAAGCACCAUGUGGGAAGGUGCAUGCAAGAAGGAAGAGAAUGAAGAUGACGUUACAACUGAUCCGUUCCCUUUAAAGAGAGUGAAGACCGAAGCAUGUCCUCAGGGGCAGCCUGUCAGGUUUCCGGCAAAUGCCAACGAUAUUAAAGAGGAGGUGGAAAUGAACUGGGACAUAGUACAGGUUUUAUCUGAGAGAACUAAUAUUGAACUUUGGGUUUGUGCCAACAUCAUUCGUCUCUUUAAUGAUGAUAACACAAUUCCCUUCAUUAUACGCUAUCGAAAAGAGCUCAUUAAUAACCUUGAUGCCGAUUCCUUGAGAGAAGUUCGACAAACCCUGGAGGAGCUACGGGCUGUUGCAAAGAAGGUUCAUAGUACAAUCCAGAAAAUUAAGAAAGAGGGGAAGAUGUCUGAGUGCUUGUUAAAAGCCUUGCUGAACUGUAGAACUUUUGAAGAACUAGAACACGUGUCAGCUCCAUAUAAAACUGGGAGCAAAGGCACGAAAGCCCAGAGAGCAAAGCAGUUGGGAUUAGAAGGAGCAGCCAGGACACUGCUGGAGAAUCCAGGGGAGCUCAAUCUGCCCUCUUACAUUCGACCCAAUGUGAAAGGGCUCUCGGCACUCCAGGAUGUUGAAACAGGAGUGCAGCAUAUUCUAGCAGACAUGAUUGCUAAAGACAAAGACACACUGGACUUCAUUCGGAAAUUGUGCCAAAAUAGAUAUAUUUGCAUCCAGUCAUCUCUGGCAAAAGUGUCCUCAAAAAAAGUAAAUGAGAAAGACGUUGAUAAGUUUCUGCUCUACCAGAAUUUUUCGUGCAACAUAAGAAACAUCCAACAUCAUCAGAUUCUGGCAAUUAACCGUGGAGAAAAUUUGAAGAUACUGACAGUCAAGGUCAACAUUUCUGAUGGAGUGAAGAAUGAAUUCUGUAGAUGGUGCAUCCAGAAUAGGUGGAGACCACGAGGCUUUGCAAGGCCAGAGUUAAUGAAGAUCUUAUACAGUUCACUGGAUGAUUCCUUUAAACGCCUUAUUUAUCCUCUCCUCUGUAGAGAGUUCAGAGCCAAACUAACAUCAGAUGCAGAGAAGGAAUCAGUAAUGAUGUUUGGACGAAACCUUCGUCAGCUCCUUUUAACAAGCCCUGUUCCAGGGCGCACCUUGAUGGGAGUGGAUCCUGGUUACAAGCAUGGUUGCAAAUUAGCUAUAAUUUCUCCUACUAGUCAAAUACUUCAUACUGACGUGGUUUACUUGCAUUGUGGACAAGGCUUUCGAGAGGCAGAGAAAAUAAAGAGGCUUUUGCUGAAUUUCAACUGCAGCACAGUGGUGAUUGGAAAUGGAACUGCCUGCCGGGAAACAGAAGCUUACUUUGCUGACCUGAUAAUGAAAAAUUACUUUGCACCACUGGAUGUUGUUUACUGUAUCGUCAGUGAAGCAGGAGCAUCAAUCUACAGUGUCAGCCCCGAAGCUAACAAAGAGAUGCCAGGACUGGACCCUAAUUUGAGAAGUGCAGUUUCCAUAGCAAGGCGUGUACAAGAUCCAUUAGCCGAGCUGGUAAAAAUUGAGCCAAAGCACAUUGGAGUUGGAAUGUAUCAGCAUGAUGUGUCUCAGACUUUACUCAAGGCAACACUGGACAGUGUUGUGGAAGAAUGUGUCAGCUUUGUGGGAGUGGAUAUUAACAUCUGUUCAGAAGUUUUGCUAAGGCAUAUUGCAGGACUCAAUGCCAACAGAGCCAAAAAUAUUAUUGAAUGGCGAGAGAAGAACGGGCCCUUCAUUAACCGAGAACAGCUGAAGAAAGUGAAGGGGCUGGGCCCAAAAUCUUUCCAACAGUGUGCUGGCUUCAUCAGAAUCAACCAGGAUUAUAUUCGAACAUUUUGCAGUAGUCAGCAGACUGAAUCUGCAGGCCACAUUCAGGGAGUUGCUGUGACAUCUUCAGCAGGUGUCGAGGUCACAAAUGAGAAGCAGGGCAAGAAGAAAAGCAAAACUGCAGUGAAUGUUGUACUGAUGCCAAAUCCUUUGGACCAAACUUGUAUUCACCCGGAAUCAUAUGACAUAGCGAUGAGGUUUUUAUCAUUCAUUGGAGGGAUGCUGUGUGAGAUUGGAAAGCCUGAAAUGCAACAAAAAAUAAAUUCAUUCCUUGAAAGGGAAGGAGUAGAGAAAAUUGCAGAAACAUUGGAAACAACAGUACACACCUUACAGGUCAUCAUAGAUGGUCUCAGUCAGCCUGAAAGCUUUGACUUUCGAACAGAUUUUGAUAAACCUGAUUUCAAAAGAAGCAUAGUCUGCUUGGAAGACCUACAGGUUGGGACAGUUCUUACAGGCAAAGUGGAGAAUGCCACUCUGUUUGGAAUUUUUGUGGAUAUAGGAGUGGGGAGAUCAGGGCUGAUUCCCAUACGAAAUGUAACAGAAGCAAAACUUUCUAAAACGAAGAAGAGAAGGAGUCUCGGACUGGGCCCUGGAGAAAGAGUGGAAGUCCGAGUACUCAACAUUGAUAUCCCCCGAUCUAGGAUUACUCUGGACCUCAUUCGGGUGUUGUGAGUGUCCCACUGAAGGCCAACCACUGAUUUUAUUUCCUCAUUUCUACAGAUUAGCAAAAAUAAGUCAGAUGUUUGUGAAUUCUAGAUUUCAGAUGAGAAAGAAUUCGCUUAAUAUCAGAAUUGUCCAAACACUUAGCUUAUUUUUCCCUCUAAAUAAAUAGAAAACUACCAAUUUGAUUUCUUUUCCCCUUAAAGAAAGCAAUUAAUAGACAUCCUUCUGUGGCUUUAUGUAGUAAUAAUUUUCUGACCAAAAUUUUAUUUUUUGUAAUUCAUCUUUGACUCUUUUUGCAUUUUGUAUAACAGAUUGUUUCACUUCUACUUGCCAUCAUGCCUUGCUGGACUUAUAUGGAAUUAUCUUCUUGAUUUGAAUUGUACAAUGUUUCUUGACACAGUAGGGCUGGCAGUAUUUAAUCCUUUUUUAUAGAUUUUUUAAAUCAGGCCUUUUAGACUUGAUUUAUGAUUUUCCCUCACCAAGCAAACCAAAAAUAUACUAAUAAAACAGAUCCUGAUAUGUCCAUAACCAUCAAGUGAAUGGCUUAAAAUAUUUAUCAGGAUAUAUGUAUUGAUCUCUACAAUAAAGUUUUGUGGCUAGUGA